ACUCUCCUUCGCUCUGUCCAUUUCCCUUCAUUCACUCGUUUACUUCCUCUCUUCUUCUCUUCUGUCGUCUUCAGGUAAUGAUCUGUUCCUGGUGGCCGUCCAUGAACUGGGUCACGCCUUGGGUUUGGAACACUCCAACGACCCCAGCGCCAUCAUGGCUCCGUUCUACCAGUACAUGGACACACACAACUUCAAACUGCCCCUGGACGACCUGCAGGGCAUCCAGAAGAUCUACGGCAUUCCCACCGCCAUGCUGGAGCCCACCAGGCCGUUACCCACCUUACCUUCAAGACGGACACACUCCACCUCUGAACGAAAGCAUUCCCGCCCCCCACGUCCGCCCGGCGACCGGCCCGCCCUGCCCGGAAACGGCAAACCCAACAUCUGCGACGGCAACUUCAACACUGUGGCCUUCUUCAGACGGGAAAUGUUUGUGUUCAAGGACCGCUGGUUUUGGCGUCUGCGGAACAAUAAAGUGCAGGAGGGUUAUCCCAUGCAGAUUGACCAGUUUUGGAAGGGCCUCCCACCUCGGAUUGACGCUGCCUACGAGAGAUCUGAUGGGAAAUUUGUCUUCUUCAAAGGUGAUAAAUACUGGGUGUUUAAGGAGGUGACUGCAGAGCCCGGUUACCCCCACAGUCUGGUGGAGCUGGGCAGCUGCCUCCCCAAAGACGGCAUCGACACGGCGCUGCGCUGGGAACCGGUGGGGAAGACCUACUUCUUUAAAGGGGACCAGUACUGGCGCUACAACGAGGAGAAACGAACGGCCGACCCAGGGUACCCCAAACCCAUCAGUGUGUGGAAGGGGAUCCCCAGCGGCCCCCAGGGAGCCUUCAUCAGCAGGGAAGGAUACUACACCUACUUCUACAAGGGGAAGGACUACUGGAAGUUCGACAACCAGAAGCUAACGGUGGAACCCGGGUACCCCAAGUCCAUUUUACGGGACUGGAUGGGUUGCGAUCAAUCUGACAUGGAACGCUCCGGUGGAAACGGUAACCGCGGCGACCGGCAGCUGCCCCUCGAUGACGUGGACAUCAUGGUGACCAUCAACGACGUCCCGACGACCGUCAACGCCAUCGCGGUGGUCAUCCCCUGCAUCUUGUCGCUGUGCAUCCUGGUUCUGGUGUAUACGAUUUUUCAGUUUAAGAACAAAGGAGUGCAGCAGAACGCCAUGACGCAGCACUACUACAAAUACCCCGUCCAGGAGUGGGUAUGACAGGCGAAUUUCCCGAAAGAGCCAGGACGGACAUUGUCUUAGCGGUCGUCAUCUUACUAGCCAUGUGUUGUUGGCUACAGGCAGAGAACGCUGAGAGUCUCAAAGACAACGGAAAGCUAAUGGUAGAAGACGCUAACUGUGCUAGCUAUGAAGGGCCUACACUGAAACCGCCCACUGGAGUAGAAGUAGAAACCGGAAGUGUGUGGAUGUUUGAGUGAAUUAGACUCGUUCGUGCCUGUCUUGUGCCACAAGGACCUUUUCGUAAAACCCGAAGGAUGCUAAUUUUGUCUUUUCCACUGUUCCAGAUCAGGCAAAUACACUUAAAAAAAUGGCUGAAGACAAAGACCGAGUCCUCCACCACUGCUGGAUGGUUUAUUUGUGAAGGAAGGAUAUAAGCUGCAGAUUUUUCCAUCGUGCACACUUGACUUUACCCAAAACACCUUCGGUUGGGUACGCAAAACAAAGUACGAACAGUUUUUAUAAAAGAUACUCAACUUUGAUGAUGAUUUCUUCUUCUGGGACCUACAACACGUGACUCUCCUUCUCAGUGGAAAAAAAAAAAAGAAAAGCCAGACAACACCUCUCCAAGUUUGUUUGAACAACAGCUUGUACACGUGAACUACUUCAACGACUUAGUCAGAAAUUGAAGAC